UUUGUCGUUAAAUAUAUAGCAAAAUCGUUUUCGAAUGGAGGGAAUAGUAAUUUGGAAUGAACCGAUUGGUCGUUUCCUUGAAUAUCAGGCUCUCGAUCAGGACGCCGCCUCUCGACAGAUCAAAUGAAGCCCAUCCAGAAAAUGGGCCCAUCAGGCCUGAUACCGACAUUAUCAGGUUAGAAUAAGUUCACUUUACGUCCCUCUAUUUUGUUGCUUAGUCCGAUUUACGUCCCUGAACCGCAAACCGGGUAUGACCCGUCCCCCAACCCCCAACUUACGAAAACCGGACAAGCGAGAUCCCUCGGCAGUAUGAAGGGCGGUUUUGGCCGACGUGGCGCCUAUGUGGCUAAUUUGACUCAGUCUUCAUCUGACGUGGUAUUGACAUGGCGCUGACAUGGCAAUUCGAUCUAGAAAAAUAUUAAUCCAUGUGGGACCCACAUGUCACUUUAACGCACAAAUUAAUAAAAUGAUGGGCCCCAUGUGGAUCCCACAUGUCAUUAUCACCCUUCUCUUCUUCCUCUCCUCCCUCCCUCUUCACGGCGUCACGAGGAGGUCCGGUGGUGGUGGCCGACGACGCGACAACGACGAAACGGGAGAAGGCUGGGUGUCGGCGGCGAGAGCGUUGGGGGGAGGGGCUCCGCGUGGGGGGCGCCGCCCGCCCCGAGAAGCUACUCCUCGUCUUCGUCCGCGGCGCCGGCGCAGAGCCCGCGCGGGGGCUCGAGGAGUUCAGGGCCGUGCACGUGGGCGGAGGGAUGCAGCAGCAGUUCGGCGCCACGCGGUGGCGCCGGAGAUGUCGCCACUCGCCGGCGGGAGGCAGCGGCGGGCGGAUCUCCAUGGCAGAAGCGGCAUCGCCCAUCAACAACCGGCUCGCCGCGGGCCGUCAGCGGCGGCGCCGCCAUGGCUGAAUUCUCGUCAGCGAAAUGCUGCAUGAAAUCUCGGCGGACACCAGAAGCAACCUGGUGUGAUUUUGGUUAGCUCUGUUAAUUAAUUACCGGCUAAAUAAACACAUCCUUUUCACUUUUUUCCUUAACCAUCGUUCACGAGCACGGUGACAGCCGGGCCACCUCGGCCUACCACCAGCGGCCUCGGCGGAGGAGCGCACCUCGCCUCCGCACGCCGGCUGCCGGGCUCUUCGCACCGGCGCGGACUCCAGCGUCAUCGGAGCAGCUCACUGAAUGGCCGCGGAGCUGCGCGAAGGGGGAGCAGGCAGGCGGUGAGGUCGUGGCGGUGGUGGAGGGCCGCUCCGCCCCGCUCGUCGCCCGCUCCGCCGGCCGCCGCCCGCCACGGAGGAAGACGGAGAGGAGAGCAACAAUGGCGAUGGGGAGCAGUGGGGGAUAGAGAGAAGGAGAGAGAGGAUAGAGAGGGGAUAGAGAUAAGGGGUAGUGAAGAUGACAGGUGGGUCCACGUGGGCCCCACCAAUUAUCUAUUAUUGUGUGUGUGAAACUGACAUGUGGGUCCCAUAGGAUUUAUUAUUUUUUUAUUGAAUUGCCACGUAAUCGCUAAGUCAAUGCCACGGCAGAUAAAGAUCGAGUCAAAUUAGCCACAUAUGCGCUACCUCAGCCAAAACCGGGAUCCCGAGGGACCUUAUUUAAACGGUUUCAUAAGUUGGACGACCUGUCGUACCCGUUUUGCGAUCAAGGACGAAAAUCGGACUGGCCGGCAAAUAAAGGUACCCAAAGUGAACUUAUUCCCAUCAGGUUCGACAUUAUCAGGUUGGGCCUUGGUUAAUUAGCACAAAUCGACCAAGCCCAAGACGGCAAAGCACCAUCACCUUCCUUCCGCUCUCGCUCUCCUCAAACUUUCGAGCUCGUCGCGGAUUCUCCAGCAUACAGCUCGAGCGCGGGGUGGGUCGAUCCGAGGCGCUCCUCGCGUACUCCGGUAGGUGUGAUGAACGAGGAGAAGAGGGCGAGGGUGGGGGAUACUGCCGAGACCCCGCGGAAAUCCCCUCGCCUGGAUCGGCCAGCUGCGGCGGCGGCGGCGGCGGCGCCGUUAACCAGCAACGGCGUGAUGGGCGAGAAGAAGAAGAAGAAUGCGACGCGGGAUGUGAGCGAUUGGUGUUGGUGGGGGAAAGCGGCGGCAUUACUAUCCGGCGGCGACCGCCGUACUCGACGGUGCCGCCAUGUCUUGUGUGAGCAGGCUGACAUUGAUGUGGCCAUAACACUGAUCAAGACCCGCGUUGACACCCCGGUGUGUUGUGUUAACAAGUGUGAUGAUACUGAGGGGAGGGAAAUCUCGGUGUGUUUGGAUUGCCAGUUGAGUUUCUGCACGGCACACGGGAAGCCGCACGUCUUUAUGAACGACCAUUGGAUUGCUCUGGUGUACAAGAGGCCCAAUGUGGCGCAUUGCUUCGCGUGUGAAGAGUGCUAUUUCAUCAGAACCGACAGUCUCGGGGAGGGAAUGGCGGUCGGUGAGAAUGGCUUCUCCAUCGGUACCCAUAAGAAGGAUGAGAAGGGAAUGACGACGGUCAACAAUGAGGCAGGUGUUCAUGCAUCUAUGGUGUCUGAUUAUGAAAGCGCCCUCAUGGUGGCUUUACUCAGUGAUGUCGGUACUCCACGGUGCAGGCAUGACAUGUAUAACAAGGAUGAGGUUGAUUUGGUCCAAAGACGGAUCAUGUUCUGCGAUAUCACCAGAAUGUGUAGUGAUUGUGACAACAUCAGUGUGCUUAUGAUCUUUGUGUGCUUGGGAUGUGAAAAGCCUUUCUGCACUGUACACUCCAGUUUACAUGCUGAGAGCACCAAGCAUUUGGUUGGUCUGGUGUACCAUAACCCGUAUGUGGCGUGCUGCUUCCUGUGUAGUGAAACCUUUGUCCUCAUUGGUGAGGGGGAUAAGAGGAUGCCAGUUGACAAAGCGGCAGGUGGUUAUGCAUCUGAGUCAGUUAUUGGGCAUGCCCAUGCUAUCAAAGGGAUACCGAAUCUUGGAAACACUUGCUACUUGAAUUCAUUGAUGCAGUGCCUCCUUGUGCUUGGAAAACUGCGGGCAAGGAUGUUAGGACCGGACGCUCCAUCAGGGACCCUUGGUACUGCAUUGCAUGACCUCUUUGAGCAAACAUACAGUGUGAAUAAUGCAACAGGCCUGCUGGAGACGUCAUUGCUCUUGGAUUGUGUAUGCAAUUUGGACCCACAGUUCGUAGGAGGUUUUAUGCAUGAUAACCAUGAAUUGCUUUGCUGUUUACGUAAAAAUUUGGAUGAGGAGGAGAGGAUGAGGACGCCUCCUAACAUGCAAGACAGUUCUGCUGGUGCAGUGCCUCCUACGGUUUUUAAUUCCAUUUUCGGUGGUCAGCUAUUUGUUACCAGAUCGUGCAAAUGUUGCUCGUUUUGUUCAGUUUCCCACGCUGUAUUCUAUGAUCUCUCAGUACCAGUACCACCGAAGAAGCCUCCAGCCAAAAGUGUUGAAUCAACACCAUGGAUUGAAGGUCACAGAUCUCAACCGAAGAUUUGUAUCAACCAGUUUGAAGCAAUACAUAAGAGGAACACAGAAAAGACUCAUAGAAUUGUUGAAGAUGCCGAUUCUGAUCCUGCUUCAGAAUUGAAAGAUAUGGUCAUGGUGAAAACAUCAGAGCCAUUGGAAGUUGGUAAGUUCAUGCGCUCCGCUCAUGUACUGAGUAAAGGAAUGGAAGGCAAUAUUAAACAGUCCUGCAAACGUGCAUGGUGUAUCAGAAGUCAGAACAUAAAACUUUUCAUGAUUGAAAGCACCAAACUAUGGUAGUACCACAAAUAUUUGUUACUAGCUUUUGUUCU